GUACAGACGAAGAGUCAAGUGAGAUAUAAGUGGUGGGUGCCAUCAGCGGUAGUUGGUCACUUGUCAUCCGCUCAGAGUGACAGUAACAUACCACCAUGAUGCCGCUGCUGCUGCUGGCACUCCUAGGCUUGGCUCGGCUCACUGCCGCUGCAGACCCGGUGAAGGUGUCGGUGUAUUACGAGACGCUGUGUCCCGACAGUAAGAAGUUCGUCAUCACGCAGCUGUACCCGGUAUACCAGGAACUCAAGGACAUAAUGCUUCUCGAUGUCAAUGCCUAUGGGAAAGCGCAGGACUAUGCCGUCGGGGAUUCCUACAUCUUCGUUUGCCAGCAUGGCCCUGAUGAGUGCGAGGGGAACAAGAUGAUCGCCUGCGCCAAGAAGCUAAUCCAGAGCGAAGACGUGUUCAUGGCCUUCAGUAACUGCAUCAUGACGGUGUUCACGGCCGCCGCUGGUGGUCCCCAGUGCGCCGAGAAACACGGGAUUGACUUCGCCCCGAUCCAGCUAUGUUACUCGUCAUCAGAGGGACGCCGCCUGCUUCACGAAGUGGGCGUUAAGCAGAGAACCGCUGCUCCAAACCUUGAUUACGUGCCCUGGAUCAUUAUCAACGACGUCUACACUGACAACCAACAGACAGAGGCGGAGAAGGACCUCAAGAAAGUGGUGUGCGAUGCCUACACGGGGGAUAAGCCUGCAGCGUGUGGUGAGGGAAGGUUCAUGAGGUUCCCUAUAUAUAGCCGGCGCCCAUAUGGCUCUCAUGGCUUUCAGAAUUGGUUCUCUAGGUACUGGAAUUACUAGUGGUGCCCCGCACCUUACGCUGCCGCCAGGAAAACCAGAGGCCACUUGAUGAUGGCUAACUUGAAGAUGGGAUGUGCUGCAGGAUAUUGUUGGUAAUAAAGAUGCUGAUAAUGGUUCCGAGAGGAGGAUAAUGGGAACGUGGUGUUGGAUGAUAAUGGAGGGGUGUUGUAAGAUAUUUGUGAUAAAGCUAUUGAUAAUGGUGAUGAUAAAGACAUUGAUAACUGUAUUCAUAACGAUAUUGAUAACUGUAAUCAUAACGGUGAUAAAGAUACCGAUAAUGGUAAUGAUUAAUAGAAAUAAGUGAUGAAUAAAUAUAUAAUACUCU